AAAGGGUCAAACAAAUAGCUCCCCAAAAAUUCAAAUGAUUCACUCUUCCCGCAGCGACACAGCUCUCUUUUCUCUCGCCGCCGAAAGCAAGCUUCCUUUCAUGUGACUUCAUUUUCUUCGCCACCCCCCGCUCUUUCCAUGCUGCCAUCCACCUCAAAGUAAACUGAAAAGGCCACCACAUUUCCAUCCAAGAACUUGUGCAAAAGAAAUGGUGCUGUUGUGAAAAAGCCAUUUGGCCAGAAAUGGAAGAAAGACUGUUUCAAUCUUGGGGAGGGAAAGGAAGAAAGACUGGGCUUUUCCACAUGGAAGAGAUAGAAAGCUUAGGAAACCAGGUGGAGUGAUAGUGCAUCAUCCUCCAGCCCGAAAUCAAUGAAGCCUUCUAGUCUCAAUCCCAUGGAGCCCAAAACUCCAGAGCAGGCCUCUGUUUUCCCAUCAACCACGGACUCACCAUUAGAAGAUGACUCAAGCUACUGCAGCACAAACAGAGCAGACCCAUUUGGAGGAGAUAGCUUUCCUGAUCCACUCUGCAAGCUCAACCUCAAGGAGACCUCAGACUUUGUCAGAGCAUUUCCAAUGGCAGCAAAGAGCAGUAACGAGAACUUUAUAGGCCAUCUUGAAGCCUCAGCUCAAAGGAGCGAGGGGAAUGGCUCGUAUGUGCAAAAGAGGGAUUUUGAAGCUCCUUCGACUCCUGGGAGACCGGUCUUCGGCUUCAGUGGUGGAAGAAAGGGCAUUCCUUCCAAGUGGGAUGAGGCGGAGAAGUGGUUGAUCAGUAGCUCCUCCUGCCAUCAGAUCCAUCAGAAAGGUGAUGCCUUUGGAGGGAAACCGUGGUUUCCUGGGGAGGUCCCAAACCUACCAGUCGCAAGCUUUGAUGGGCUUCUGGAGCAAAGCUUACGUUUCCAUGGAGUCUCACCAGAAGCACUCAUGAAAGAUAAAUUUACUGAUAAUUUAGAGCCAAUAUUCCCAAUUUUUCGACAACCUGAGCCUGCUAAAGAAGGCUUUCUGUUUAAAAGUUCGUUCUCUGUGCCCAUGAAAGAUGCAAAGACUGAUGUGGCUUCAGAGGUUCGCCACAGAGAUGUUGGAACCGAGAUGACCCCAACCGGGAGCUUGGCUACAUCAAGAUGCCAUACUCCUUUCAAAAGAUCUUCUCCAGCGAGACACAACACUCCAGCUGACAGAUCUGGCCCUUUGGGGGCUCCUAGCACCGGAAUUGAUAUUUCUAAGCUUAAGGACUGUCACUUUGCUAAGCUAGAGUUCGGUGCUCAUUUUAAUUCAGCAGUUUGGAGCUCAAGAGAAGAGGAGGAAGAUCAGAUAUCAAAAAGUUUGAGAUAUGGCGAGGUUGAUGGUGGAAGAAAGAGCUUUGCUGAAUCGGGAGCCUCUGCAUGGGAAGAUGAGGAGAAGGCCAAAAUCUGUAUUAGAUAUCAAAGAGAAGAAGCAAAGAUCCAAGCAUGGAUAAACCUUGAGAGUGCUAAAGCAGAAGCCCAGUCCAGAAAGCUGGAGGUCAAAAUACAGAAGAUGAGAUCUGAUUUAGAAGAGAAGCUGAUGAAAAGAAUGGCAAUGGUCCAAAGAAGGGCCCAGAAAUGGAGAGCAGCAGCACAGCAACAGCAUUCGCAGAAGCUACUGAUAGCAUCUGAACAAGCACAGGGAAUGAAUAGCCAGUUCAACUAUUAUUUGUCUCACCAUGCACCCUGUGGAUGUUUUCCCUGUAACAACUUGUAAAACAAAAGAAUUCUUCAAUUUUCUUCAUCAAGUCCUGUUUCUAGUUCAGCAGAAGGGGUUGCGACUAUGGAUUUGCUUCAUUAUUUUUUUUCCUAAAUGGCGUUUUUCUUUUAAAAUUCUGAAGAACUGGAUAUAAAUAUAAGUCAAAUCUAUCAUGCGCCUUCUGAUGCAAAGAUAGCUUCAUUUUCUGUUAAAAGCCAAGUUUGCAACCCAAGUUGGCAAAAAAAAAACUUGGCAUUCUAAGGGUCUGCAUUUUGUUCAA